AUGCCGAAUCGUUUUCUUAUCUGGGGCGAAACAGGCUGGGUAGCCGGCCACCUCAAAGCUCUUCUUGAAAACCAAGGCAAAGAUGUACACACGACCAGUGUUCGUAUGGAAAACAUCUCUGCUGUGGCAGAAGAACUCAGAAGGAUCCAACCAACACACGUCCUAAACGCUGCCGGCUGUACAGGUCGACCCAAUGUUGACUGGUGCGAAGACAACAAGGCACAGACGGUCCGAUCCAACGUUAUCGGCACGCUGACUCUAGCCGAUCAGUGCGACCUACUUGGCAUUCAUUGUACGGUCUUUGCAACGGGCUGUAUUUAUCAGUAUGAUGAGAAGCAUCCUGUUGGUGGUGCUGGGUUUACAGAGCAGGAUGCACCGAAUUUUGUGGGGAGUUUUUAUUCCAUGACAAAAGGCCAUGUUGAGCCGAUCUUAUCUUGCUACGAAAACGUGCUCAUUCUCCGUUUGCGCAUGCCCGUUAGCGACGAUCUGCAUCCAAGAAACUUUGUCACCAAGAUUUUAAACUACGACCAUGUCGUCAACAUACCAAACAGCAACACCAUUCUUCACGACCUCCUCCCUGUAUCCAUCUCACUAGCAGAACAUAAAGACACUGGAGUAUUCAAUUUCACCAAUCCAGGAGCUAUUUCUCACAAUGAAGUAUUGACACUUUUCCGAGAUAUAAUUCGGUCGAGUUUAACAUGGCGCAACUUUUCAAUCGAGGAGCAGUCGCAUGUUAUAAAAGCUGGAAGAAGUAAUUGUAUGCUUGACACGAGCAAACUUGAGGCUAAAGCUAGAGAGUAUGGGUUUACUAUACCAGAGGUGCAUGAGGCGUAUAGAUUGUGUUUUGAGCGUAUGAAGGCUACGGGGGUCAAUUAA